CAAUAUCAUCUGUCCCCUAUCAGAAUAAUGAAGAUUUUCAGUACCCACAAAGCCUGUCUCCUCUUUUUCUUGUUGAUGGCUUACUCUGUUUCUCCUGAAAAAACCCAGCAGGAAGCUCCACCUGCCAUUUCACAGGGUGAAGAGAAUGAGCCAAAUCUUUCCUCCCCUGUACAACAGGUGGCUCCGCCUGUUUUCGGCCAGAAACCUCCAUUUGCGAAGCCUGUAGGCAACCAAGCUCAGCCGUCUCAACCAGGUUAUGAGCAGCCAGGAGAGCCUACUUUCCCUGAACAGAACCCAAACCAGGCUCUCUCUGGAUUUAAUCAGCCAUUUUCCUCCGUUAAUCAGCCUCUCUCUGGCUUCAAUCAACCGUUUUCUAAUUUCAACCAACCUUUCGGAUCUAACACCCAACAACAAAACUCAGUGGCAAACCUUCCCUUCGCAAAACCCAAUGGUGUUUCCAGUGAGAAGACUUCCGUUCCAAGAACUAUCAUUUCUCUGCUGCUUUCCUUAGGGCUUCUCUUAGUCAUGUUAUAGAUUAAUAGAUUGAGAUUUGUUUC